AUGGAGGGUUGUAGAGCUUUUAAAGACCUAGAGUCGGCAGUCCAAGACCUUGGAUUGACAAGCAUGGAAUCCAACUCUGUGCAAGAAAAUCUGCAAAAUGCAAAGCGAUACCUUAAAUCUGAGCUAAAGGUACAUGUCACAAGGGAAAACCCAGUUGCUGAUCAUUGCCUGUCAUAUGCUCUGAGUUCAACAGAUUCCAACUUCAAAACUUUAUGUGAUCAUAACCAUGACUCAUCAUGCCAAGAGUGUGUAAACAUGAAUACCACUUUAAACCUCAUCAAGAGCAAGGCGGAGAUACAUGAAUGGAGAAACAAGGAAGCUGUUUUGUACACUGUAGAAGAGUCGAUAUCGGCAAUACGGAACUGGAAAAGCCAUGUGAUUCGUUCAAGAAACCAGGAGGAGGCUAGAUCCGUGAUUGUUGACAACAUGACAAAUGUUGAUGCUGUCAUCACUUGUGAUUGGGCUAUGAAAUUUCUUCCAAGGAAAUAUAGAGAAGGACAAGUAGACUGGUUUGCAAAGAGGGGCAUAAACUGGCACAUAACCGUUUCACUUCUAAAACAUCAUUGCUCCUAUUCUACGAUAACGCACAUCCAUAUAUUUGAACAACCAACAGCACAGGAUGCAGCAGUCACAUCACAGAUCCUUGUGGAUGUUUCAAAGGAUAUAAUGGCCCUUAAGAAAGAUGUAACCCGGUUGCAUUUUUCUCAGACAAUGCUGGAUGUUUACAAAAGUUCCUCCACACUGUUGACUCUUCAACAUGAACUUCCCUCCAGUAUAGUGUCCUACAACUUUUGUGAGGCACAGAAUGGAAAAG